AUGAACUUCAGGUUCCAGAACCUUCUCGGAGCGCCGUACCGGGGCGGCAACACCGUGAUCGUCAACAACACGGAGUUAAUCUCACCGGUCGGUAACCGAGUCUCCGUCACCAACCUCCGUGACUCGACGACCAUAACCCUACCGAUCCAGUCCUCCUGCAACAUCAGCCGCAUCGCCGCCUCCCCCGACGGCGUCUUCCUCCUCACCGUCGACGACAACCACCGCUGCCUCUUCAUCAACCUCCGCCGCCGCGUCGUGCUCCACCGGAUUUCCUUCAAGACCGCCGUCGCCGCCGCCGCGUUCAGCCCCGACGGCGGUUUCAUCGCCGUGGCCACCGGUAAGGUUGUCCAGAUUUGGCGGUCGCCGGGGUUUAAGAAGGAGUUUUUUCCGUUUGAGUUGGUUAAGACUUUUGCUGACUGUGAUGAUAAGGUGACGGCGUUGGAGUGGAGCCCCGACUCCGCUUAUGUGCUGGCCGGGUCGAAAGACUUGACUGCUAGGAUUUUCUGUAUUAAGAAGUUUAAAUUGGGAGGGGUGAAGGUUAAGCCUUUUAUGUUUUUGGGGCAUAGGGAUACAGUAGUUGGUGUAUUUUUCGGAAUCGAUAAGAAUACUAGUAAGGUUUGUAGGGUUUAUACGGUUGCGCGUGACGGUUAUGUGUUUGUUUGGGGUUUAUGUGGAGAUGAUGGUGAAAAUGAGGAGGUAGUGUCUCCCGAUACGCCGGAGAAGGAUGGUGAAGGCAAUGUGGAAGGUGUUGUUGCGAAGAAAAGGAAGGGUUACGAGGGAAAUGAUGGGGAGUUGGAUAAAGAAGGGGGGUAUUUGGUGAACAGAAAAUGGGAGUUGUUGAAGAAAGAGAGUUUUGGGCAGGCCUCAAUGAAGGUGACGGCGUGUGACUGUCAUAGGGGGCUGGAUAUGUUGGUUGUGGGGUUCUCAAAGGGUGUGUUUGCGCUGUAUCAGAUGCCGGAUUUUGUGUGCAUUCACAGAUUGUCGAUAUCGAGAGAGAAGAUUACAACUGCGGUUUUUAAUGAGCUUGGGAAUUGGCUGACGUUUGGGUGUGCAAAACUUGGGCAGUUGCUUGUUUGGGAGUGGCGGUCAGAGAGUUAUAUAUUGAAGCAGCAGGGGCAUUACUUUGAUGUGAACUGUGUUGCCUAUUCGCCUGAUUCACAACUAUUAGCCACUGGGGCAGAUGAUAACAAAGUUAAGGUCUGGAACGUUUCUUCAGGAUUCUGUUUUGUAACAUUCUCUGAGCAUGAAAAUGCAAUCACUGCACUCCACUUUUUGGCUAACAAAAACACACUCUUAAGUGCCUCUUUGGAUGGGACUGUUCGUGCAUGGGAUUUUUUCCGUUAUCGAAAUUUUAAGACGUAUACCACCGCAGAACCAAGACAAUUUGUUUCUUUGACAGCAACUCAGAGUGGUGAAGUGAUUUGUGCUGGUACUCUUGAUACCUUUGAGAUUUUUGUUUGGGAUAUGAGGACAGGCAACGUGAAGGACAUUCUUAGCGGUCAUGAAGGUCCUGUUCAUGGUUUGGCUUUUUCUCCUACAGAUGCAAGUGUUUUAGCUUCAUCGUCGUGGGACAGAACAGUUCGGUUGUGGGAUGUUUUUGAAUCAAAAGGUGGUGUUGAAACAUUACCACACACACAUGAUAUUCUUACAGUGGUAUACCGCCCAGAUGGAAAGCAAUUGGCUUGUAGCACAUUAGAAGGUCAUAUCCAUUUCUGGGACCCAAUUGAUGGCUUAUUAAUGUAUACCAUUGAGGGUCGUAGGGACAUUUCUGGUGGUCGUCUUAUGACUGAUCGUAGAACAGCUGCCAACUCAAGUUCAGGAAAGUUCUUUACAACCUUGUGUUAUUCUGCUGAUGGGAGUUACAUAUUAGCUGGGGGAAGUAGUAAAUACAUCUGCAUGUAUGAUGUUGCUGAUCAGGUAUUACUGCGGAAGUUUCAGAUAACUCACAAUUUAUCUUUGGAUGGAGUUCUUGACUUCUUAAACUCAAAGAAUAUGACAGAUGCUGGCCCCCUGGAUCUAAUUGAUAAUGAUGACAGUGAUUUGGAAGAAGGUAUUGACAAACAAACCCGGGGAAAGUUGGGUUAUGAUUUACCAGGGUCCAUGCCUAAUCGUGGAAGGCCUGUUGUUAGAACUAAAUGCCUGAGAAUUGCACCAACUGGUAGGAGCUUCUCAGCAGCAACAACCGAGGGGGUUCUAGUUUAUUCUAUUGAUGAUUCCUUCAUCUUUGAUCCAACUGAUCUUGACAUGGAUGUCACGCCAGAGGGAGUUGAUGCAGCACUUAAUGAAGAACAAGUGACCAAAGCUUUAAUCCUUAGUCUAAGACUAAAUGAAGACUCUUUAAUUAAGAAAUGUAUUUUUGCUGUCAAUUCCAUAGACAUCCCUGUCGUUGCCUCAUCAAUCCCGACCAGAUAUUUGGAAAGAUUAAUUGAGGUAUUUGCACAUCUUUUAGAAAAAUGCCCACAUUUGGAGUUCGUACUUCAGUGGUGUCAGGAGAUCUGCAAAGCUCAUGGGAACUCCAUUCAACAAAGUUCCCAAAAACUGAAGCCUGCUUUAAUAUCCUUGCAGAAAGCCCUUACGAGAACACAUCAAGAUUUGGCAAGUACAUGUGAUUCCAACGAAUGUAUGCUCCGAUAUUUAUGUUCAAAACGCCCUAUCGAGAAUUCAUGAAAGAAAAUGAUUUUGAUGCCGCUAAAGCAAUUGAGGCGAAUCUUCUGAGUAGCAUUGCUGUUUGCAUCUUAUUUUUAGCUGCCAUGUGCUAUAUCAACACACUUUGGCUUGGAACCCUUGUGACACCAGGAAGUAUGGGAGGUAUUUUUGGUGUCGGUUCAUGUCAUGGGAGGUAUUCAUCCGUCUGAUUAUCGAAUUAGAUUUUCUUAAAAUAUGAAUUGACGCAUAGGCAUAGCAUCAGGCAUCGAUCUCCAGUUUUGUUGUACUAAAAGACACAGAAUUACAUGUUGACAUUUCCUGUUCUCCAGAUUGCUUGUCUAUGUGGAGUUGGGAAUGAUAUCAAAUAGUGAAAUGAUUUAUCUUAUUUGCUUUUGUCUCAUCUCGUUCCUUUAAUCUG